AUGACUAUAGACAUACCGUUGAACCCCGAUAAGACGAUUUUCAGGGACCUGAUCAUAAAAGUGAAAGCGUAUUAUGAGGCUUACUACAUAACACAAUGUUCAAGAACAGACCCUGCAAUUAACACCUGUCUUCAAAAAACUGGGAAUCGACUAGCCAGGUUACUUAAAAAUGGAGUACCAGAAUUAGGAAUAGAAGAGGUGGAACCAGUAGUAGUAGAUGAAAUUGGAAUAUCUUUGGGAGCUGGACCAGAUGGAUACAGAGCAGUUUUUAAAGAUAUUCAAGCCUUUGGUGUGAGCAAUCUAACAGUCACAGGUGUCAGGUCGGACGUGGAAUCGUUACAAUUCCAGCUUACCCUAGAAAUCCCCAAGAUAUCGGUCCAGGCUCAAUACCGUUCUUCCGGCGUCCUGAUACUUGUUAGAGCAUCCGGAGCAGGAGAUUAUUGGGGCGAAUAUGAGGGUGUCAAGACGAAAGUUUAUUUCAGAGCCGCGCCGCUGCGCGUUUCUGAUGACGGCAACACUAUUCUUAAGGUCGAGCAAGUCAAGAUGGAUUUCAGCGUGAGAGAUAUUAAAAUGGGUGUUGACAACGUGGCCAACGGGAACACGAUAUUACAAGCCGCUUUGAACCUGUUCAUCAACAGUAACGCACAAGAACUUCUUAGGGAAAUGAAACCAGCUCUGAGGACGAAAUUGGCGGCUUUGAUGGCAUCAUUUAUGAACCGAUUGUUCGAAAAGGUGCCACUGGAGCAUUGGCUUGACUGA